GUUCUCGUUACGACUCUCAACUUAAAAGUAUUGUUAUGAGUUUUUAUCAUUCGAGUCAUUCAGUUACAAUUUCUCAUUUUAAAGAUUAGAACGUGUUUUUGAUUCUUCAACAAAAUUGAGCAUUUUAUUUUUCUCUGUGAAAGUUCAUUCGAAAAUAAUUUGAUAAUAAAUCGAUGAUCGCUACUUGUUCAAUUAUUUAAAGCACUUGAAGCUUUGUUUCUAUUUUUGAAUCAUUUAAUCAGUUGUAGACAUUUGGAAGGUAGCCUUAAAUAAGAACUUAAUGUCGGACGUUGGAGAUAUUUAGAUAACAAAUAGAAGUAGAUAAGCGAUUCAAAUUUAAAUAUACUCAAAAGUAAAUAAGAUAAAAAAUAAGUCAAGAACAACUGAAAACUUUUAUAUAGAAGGAUAAAAGUUUAAUUUAUCUACAAAUAUGAAUCCAGAUGUUGCGAAAGUAGUCACGGCUAUUGCACUUGGAUUUGGAGCAUUGAUAAUAGGAUUGCUUCCAGCUGCUAUAAGUCAAUAUAAUUUUAGACGAAGUUUACUUCUUCAGACGAUUCUUUUAUGCUUUGGAGCUGGAAUUUUAUUAGCAACCUCGCUUGUUCACAUACUGCCUGAAGUUCGCGAAGAUUUAGGAGGGGGAAUUGCCGAGAUCAUUUUCUGUGUUGGAUUUUUAUUUGUCUAUCUCGCUGAUGAACUUUUACAUUGUUGCUGUGGUGAAGCAAUUCAGCAUCAUCAUUCGCAUGAAUCUCCCGACAGUGAAUAUCAACCAAUUGUUCAUUCACAUGAUCAUGGCCAGUCAUCUUAUGGAGCGAUUAGAGACCAAAAAGAUGCCAAUAAUGACUCAGCAUGCGAAGAACAUCAACACCAACAUGACGUUGAAGAUGAAAGAAUUAACUCAAGAAUAUGUCACACAAAUCAUUUAGAACCAUGUCGACAAACUCUUGCAGGAAUCAUAGGAAUGUUAACAGCGUUGUCAAUCCAUUCUCUUCUUGAAGGAUUAGCUAUUGGAAUUCAGGAUACAACACCGAAAGUUAUGAUUCUUUUCAUAGCUGUUGUGUCUCAUAAAUUAGUUGUUGCUUUUUGUUUGGGAGUGGAACUGACAGCAAAUCAAGGAACUCAAUUCAAACAUCAUUUCUUAGCUAUUUUUGUAUUUUCUGCUGGAAGUGCAAUAGGAAUUCUUAUCGGCAUGGGAAUUGUCGAUCUCAGUAGUGUUGAAGACUCAAAGCUCAUUGCAAUUCUUCAAGGUAUCGCAGGUGGAACUCUUCUUUACGUGACUUUAUGUGAAGUUCUACCUCGUGAAAAAGCGCGUUGGCAUCAAAGCACACAAGCCAGAUUCGCCGGAUUGUCACAAUUUUUAUCGUUUGGAACAGGGUUUGGUGUUAUGACACUCAUGACCUGGUUUAUUACAGAUUGAGAUUAAACAUUUUUUAAACAUCAGACACUGCCAAUUAAACAUCCAAAAAUAUUUUAAUAAUCAGACAAAAGUGAACAUUUCGUAACUUAUUUUUAUAUUAUUUAGUCCAAAAGUUCAAAACAGUUUGUUAAUGUCGUAAAUAUAGAACAAAUAUUCUCUUUAUUACUAAUUUAUGAAAAAAACAUAUCAAAUGAAACAUUUACAAAUAAAUAAAUCCUGGCACUUUAAUUCCAUGAGAAUUUAAUACAACAAAAAUAAAUAAAAGAAAAGUAAAAAAAUUCAAUUAAGUUGUUUAAUUAAUCUUCAAAGUUCAAUUUC